CUAGUUUCUAAGAUAGUUGGUUUCUUAAUAUAAAUAUAGAAUUUAGGUCAAAACUUCUAGUUCAAUAUCCGCCUCCACUCACUAACCAACAUGAGUUAAUACACAUCUUGUAUACUGAGCCGAAUAUAGAAUUUUAAGUUUAUAGGUUCUGGUUUACAGGAUAGUUGGUUUCUUAAAACAAAUAUACGUGAGUUUAAUAGAACUACUAUAUUAUAGAUCCAACCUUGUUUAUAAAGUACACAAAAACCAAGUGUAUAGCAAUUAGAGAAUAUAUAUAUUUAUUAUCUUCGGUCAUUUUGUUUGUUGACUUGAUAUAUUUUUGAGAAGAGGAAGAGAGAUAUGGGAGAGGUGCCAAUGGGGAAAGGCCAUGAGAUAUUGCAAUUCACCAAUCAUGUUGUUCAAGGUAGGUGGUUCUCUCUAUUUGCUUCUUUUCUCAUCAUGGCUGGAGCUGGUGCUACUUAUCUCUUUGGAACUUAUUCUAAAGAAAUAAAAGCUUCACUUGGUUAUGACCAAACAACACUUAAUCUCUUAGGUUUUUUUAAAGAUCUUGGUGCUAAUGUUGGUGUUUUAUCUGGUUUACUUGCUGAAGUAACACCAACAUGGUUUGUUUUACUAGUUGGUGCAGCCAUGAAUUUCAGUGGCUAUUUCAUGAUAUGGAUAUCUGUUGUUGGCAAGGUGUCAAAGCCAAAAGUUUGGUUAAUGUGUAUGUAUAUAUGUCUUGGUGCUAACUCACAGAAUUUCGCGAAUACUGGAGCACUUGUUACAUCUGUUAGAAACUUCCCUGAGAGUAGAGGGAAUAUGAUAGGUUUAUUGAAAGGUUUUACUGGACUAAGUGGUGCUAUAAUGACACAGUUGUAUUUAGCUGUAUAUGGAAAUGAUGCGAAAUCGCUUAUUUUGCUUAUAGCUUGGCUUCCUGCUGCUAUAUCUGUGGUUUUUGUGUACACCAUUCGCGAAAUGAGAGUUGUUAAGCAGCCGAAUCAGCUGAGGAUUUUCUACUAUUGUUUGGGUAUAGCCAUCGUGUUGGCAUUGUUUCUUAUGGUCAUGACAUUGGUUGAGAGGGCGGUUUCGUUUUCUCAUGCUGCUUAUGUUGGUACUGCUGCUACGGCUUGUGCUUUGUUGUUUCUCCCUCUUUUGGUCUUCGUUCGAGAGGAGUUGGGUGUGUUUAACCGGAAAAACUUGCCUAUAGAUCCUCCACCACGAGUGAUCACCGAGCAUCCACCAACGCUGGAGAAAGAAGAUAAAUCUAUAAUAACCUCGGAAACCAAGAAGUGUUUUUGGUUCAAUGACAUUUUCUUGAAUAAACCAGAAAGAGGUGAAGAUUACAGUAUAUUGCAAGCACUGUUGAGUACCGAUAUGUUGAUUCUGUUUCUUGCUACGUUCUGUGGACUUGGAACGAGCUUGACUGCUGUCGAUAACUUGGGACAAAUCGGUGAGUCUUUAGGAUAUCCAACAACAACUAUCAAGUCAUUUGUGUCACUUCUCAGCAUUUGGAACUUUUUCGGUAGAAUUUUCUCAGGAUUUGUCUCAGAGGCAUUGCUUGUUAAGUACAAAUUCCCUAGGACACUUAUGAUGACAUUAGUCCUUUUGUUAUCCUGCAUUGGCCUUCUUCUCAUCGCGUUCCCAUUCUCCGGCUCAGUAUACAUUGCAUCAGUGAUCAUCGGGUUCUCAUUUGGCGCGCAAUUGCCAUUGCUCUUCUCAAUCAUAUCAGAGCUUUUCGGAUUGAAGUACUACUCCACAUUGUUCAAUUGUGGUCAAUUGGCUAGUCCUCUUGGCUCAUACAUACUGAAUGUGAAGGUUACUGGACCGCUCUACGAUAGAGAAGCAUUGAAGGAUCUCGCGAAAAAGGGGUUAACUAGAUCAUCUGUUAAAGAAUUGACAUGUAUCGGUAACCAAUGUUAUCGACAGGCUUUUAUAAUCUUGGCUAGUGUCGCCUUCUUUGGCGCGCUAUCAUCGUUGAUUUUGGUUGCAAGAACUAGAAAAUUUUAUAAAAGUGAUAUAUACAAGAAGUUCAGAGAACAAGCUGAGGCAACUGAGGCAGAAUUGGCUUCAACAAACAACAAAUAGGAUACACUAAGAACAUUGUUACACAAUUUUAAGGCCACACAAUAGGAUUUUGGCCUAUGUAAUACUUAAAUAUCAAUCUUUGAAAAGAAAAUUGUCAUUUUCUAUAUAUUUGUGUAUGCAUUCAUAGCAAUAUAGUAUCGUACUACUUUGUGGGUGCCUUAUUUCUGUUAUUUCAUCUGAUUUCAUGUUUCUUGUUUCAUGUUU